UCUACUCCUUGAUGUGUUCUCAGUCGAAAUCGAGCGAGCGUCCUUAAAACGCGUGCGCACGUUUACUCACUAAACGUUUAUUAUUUUCUGCCGUCUUUCGCCUUUUUCUUCAAGCUUGAUAUUCUAUUAAAAAUUUUGAAUUAAAUUUAAUCAAAAAUUAUUUAAAAAAAAAAACUAUUAUAAUAUUUGUUCAUAAAAUAGUGUACUUUUUUUAUAAGAAAGAAAUUUUUUCCCCGAAUUUUAGUGUUCUCUCUGCGCAGUUCAGAAUCCCUAGAGAAGCUAAUCGUACGCAAACGCAUAUUCCUCUAGCCAUUUCAGACACCUCUAUAGCAAAAAAUCAAUAGAAACAAGUUAACUCUUUACGACAUUGUUAAUGUUUAUCAAUAAUACAUUAAAGAGAUAAAUAGAAGAGAAUCAAGUGAACUUGUGCUAAUUCAUAGAAGCAGAGUAUCUUCGGUGGGAAACUUAUUGUUGACACGAGGUAUUAAAGUAUGAGCUGACAAGGAAAGAAAGGGCAAAAUGAAAGGAGAAUGUGUCAUCCAACUCUGACAGUUCCUUACUUUAACAAUAACAUUAAGAUAUUUUGGAUGUGAUCUAUGCCAUGGAUAUCGUGUAAAUAAUUCAUCAUUUUGUGAAUUGGAAACUUUACCAGUGUCUUUUGUAAAUUUAUAAAUAUACGGAAAUUGGAAAACAAUGCAACGCUUACCGGGAGAUCUUCUUGUACCGUCCAAGUCUUUAGAUAUCAAUGCUUAUCAUUCAACAUUCUAUUCACCACCACCCACUGAAGCAUCGAGGUCUGGAUAUGAUUCGAGCAGCGGUGAUGAAUCAGAAAGUGAAUACCAUGUUGCAUCUUAUUCAACGACUUCACAUUCAACGAAUCCCACAACAGCCACAACGAGUAGCGGUUCAAGCGCGGCUCAGGGCAAACAUAUCAACAAGGGACGUUGGACGAAAGAAGAGGAUUCUCUGUUAAAACAGUUAGUGAGUAGUACGGAAAAAAGUGGUUCUGGACUGAAAUGGGAUGCGAUUGCGACUCAUUUUCCUGACAGAAGUGACGUUCAAUGUCAACAACGUUGGGCCAAAGUUGUUAAUCCAGAGCUAGUAAAAGGCCCAUGGACCAAGGAGGAAGACGAGAAAGUCGUCGAACUUGUAGAGCGUUACGGGCCGAAAAAGUGGACGCUUAUCGCAAGACAUUUGAAAGGAAGAAUUGGAAAGCAAUGCAGAGAGAGAUGGCACAAUCAUUUAAAUCCAGGAAUAAAAAAGACAGCAUGGACUGAUGCUGAAGAUAAAAUAAUUGUUGAAGCACAUCGGCGAGUUGGCAAUCAAUGGGCGAAAAUUGCAAAAUUGUUACCUGGAAGAACAGACAAUGCUAUUAAAAACCACUGGAAUAGUACAAUGCGUCGGAAGUACGAGGCGGAAGAAGGCAGAAGUACGGGAUCAAGAGGUCGUGGUAGAAGAAAAGCAACAGAUGCAACAACGGCGGUAAAGAAGGAAUCCCGUGUCAGCACAGUUCAGGAAGACACUUAUCAAGAUAAAUCAUUUAAAAAUAUGGUUAAACCUGAAGAUAGUCAAACAAUAACGUCUCAAAGUCUUGAUAUAAAUACUAUAGACUGGUCUGGAACUUGGUGUCAAACACAACAUCAUCAACCGCAACAUCAUCAUUCCCAAGUACAACAAACCAGUCAUUAUCAUCAAAAUAUUAUGGCAAUGAACGAGCAUUCCAAUGAGAGUCAAUUAGAUUCGCCUCAAUUAAGGAUUAAACGUGAACCAUCACCAUUUUCUAAGUAUUUCAAUUUAGACCUCGCUAGUGAGGCAAGCGGUUCUGGCGAUAUUCGAUUGAUGCCAAUGCCAGACCUUGAAGACGAUGAUGAUCGUAAAAGUAGUCCGCCACCAAUAUUACGACGUCGUCGUACAUCGCAGUAUAGUUUAUCACGUAAUGAUACUGCUGAAGACAGUGGAAAUCAAACUGUUGAUUAUUUACUUAGUCAGCAAUCUCAAAUAUCUACUGCACCUUCUACUCCUAUUAAACAACUUCCAUUCAGUCCCUCUCAAUUCCUCAAUAGUCUGGCAAGCCCAGAAGCCUCUUGGCCACGUGCCAGUACCCCUAAAGGUAGUCCUGGACCUCUUACUACUCCACAACCGUCAGGUCUACGACGGAAUCAGAGUAACGGUAAUACUCCACGGACACCGACGCCAUUUAAAAACGCUCUGGCUGAAAUUGAGCGACGUAGCGGUGCAACAACCCAAUUACCUGCGACACCAAGUCGACUUGAUGCUUUAACAGAAAUAAUUCGACAAGAAACGGAUCGUGAAAGCUUAGCGAGUAGUAGCAUUCUUCAGGAUUCUGGUUAUGGUACUGGUCGACGACGUGGUAAAGAAAACAGUGCGCCAGGUGGAAAGCGAGCACGGAAAGCACUGUGUCAGGCUUGGGCCAGUGCUACCACACCCACUCCUACAGAUAAUUCUGAAAUGAACUUCAUUAUCGAGACACCGAGUAAAAGUCUCGAUACAUCAGUGCUCUUUUCACCUGCCUCAAUGGCACUAGAGGACAGUUUUUUAGCUACAGGACCGAGUCCUCCGAUAAAGACUCCCCAAGAUUCACUGUCUGUCCAGCGGAACCCCAACGCCAAGAGGGCAAUCUCGUUUGAUGCUUUUGACAGUCCAAGUUUCAGUCCAUUGCUUGUCAGGCCGCCGAAACGUGCAAAACUUCAACUAGAAGCGCAAUGGACCAUGGUCGCUUGCGGACGAACUGAAGAUCAACUAGAGAUGACUCGGGCAGCACGCAAGUUUCUUGGAUCAUACGGAUUAUCGGUCUUGCGACCUCGGUCUCUAAAUUUUUGAAGAAAUUUUGAACAUCAAAGAAUUUAAUAUUAUAAUAUCAGCGAAUGCAUGACUUAAUAUUAAAAUCAUAGAGUUUAGGUCGCGGAAAACCGAUAACGAAACUAGUCGGAAAAUUUUUAUAUUUUAAUGGUAAAAGGGGAAAGAAUGACUGUAAAUUUUGAUUUCAAUCAAGUGCAGUCAAGUCAAGGAAAAAUUUAUAUUUUGUUUUAGUCAGCAAAAUUCGAGGUAUUUUUUAAUGAAUCCUCGAUCAGUAUUGUAAAUCAUUCAAUCUAGCUACUUACAAAUAAUGUGUCAAGUAUUGAUGCAUUUUUAAGAUUCAGAUUGUUAUCAAAGCCAGUUUUUUAAUUGGAAAAAAGGAAGACUACAUCUAAAGAUAUUUAAAUAAUUAAUUAUAGCCGGUUUGUUUGAUAGAAUAUUAUAUUAUAUUAUUAUAAUUAUAAUAUAAAACAUUAAUUGUGGCCGUUACGUACAAAGAGCCUUUGUAAUUGGUAUUUAUCUUACAUUUCAAUAAUAAAGAUCGCACAAAGAAAUAACAAUAAAAAA